AUGUCUCCAGCCACAAAACCCAUCACACGGUCCAAAGCCCUUCACAAGCGCUCGCUACAGGCGUGUCUAAUCUGUCGGUCAAGAAAAGUUCGAUGCGACGUGUCUGUCCAUGGCCAGCCAUGCACGAAUUGCUCUCUCGACGAUAAAGAGUGCCAAUUAUCAAAAACAUCAGCUGUUUGGACCCAGAAGGCUUCCGAUAGACGAUCCUUGCGGAAUGCAAUAAAGACCCCCGACACCCUGAGCAGUGACCUUGCCUCAAAUGCGACUGAACAGCUCAGUCUGGAUAGUCAGUUAUCGCUACCGCAGCUGGCCAGCUCAAGUUUCUCGUUACAGACAAAGGGCGCCGGUGAGCCAUGGCAGAAUUGGCAGAUGGACCCUCUGGACUUCGCCCCCAUACCCGAGCCUGCCGCUUACGAUGGCUGGAGUUCCUCCCUGCCCACUGAAAAGCAGCCUCGUUUGGACCCUAUUGGAAAUAUCUUUCAGCACAGUACAGGGUCACCAAGUGACGCAGGAAGCCCAAAGGAUGGGGUCGUUCUAUACUCAUAUUUCCAGUUUCUGACAGUCGGGAACAUACAUGCCAUUCCCUACCAGGACAUCACUUAUCUCGAAGCUCAAGGGUGUCUGCAUGUACCAAAUCCCCUGAUCUUGGAUGUCUUUACGAAGGCGUACUUUACAUACGCCCAUGUAUUCAUCCCUCUCAUUGACGAAGGAGAGUUCUGGGAAAUGUUUUCUCCAGCCACAAACAGUUCACAAAGGAUCUCCAUGUCGCUUCUCGUCCUUCGGGCGAUGCUAUUUGCUAGCAGUACUUAUGUACCUCUUCCUGUUCUGCGUCAGAUUGGAUAUCACGACAUAUGCUCCGCAAGGGCUGAUCUAUAUCGGAAAGCAAAGCUUCUGUUUGAUAUGGAGGCUGAGACAUCUCAUUUGCCACGGGCUCAAGCUGCAUUACUGCUCAUGAAUUGGGUACCUGAAUCGCCUACGACAACUUCGCCUGUACCCUAUAGAACAUGGCUUAGCUUAGCCAUAGAUCAUGCCAAGCUCAUCAACGCCCAUCGCCACGCAGGAAUAUGUGACAUUGGAACAACAGCACAUGAACCGCGGUCAAAAACACUUCGAAGACUUUGGUGGUGUUGCAUUAUUUGUGACAGAUUAUCAUCUCUCGCUUGUCGCUUUCGUCUUCAGAUCACGCCUGACAUGCUCGACAUGGAGAACUGCAUACCGCUGGGUUUUGCCGAUUUACAGAGUGAGAUACAUCGAUCAAAUGUUUUCUCGCCUGCAACUAAGCGCCAACAUAUAUCUCUGUUCUCCAAGAACCUGAGCCUAUUAAUGUUGCUGACAGAGAUUAUCCCAGUUGCCUAUCCUUUUGAGACACAUCUUGAGUCAAGUCCAGACUCUUCGGCACGGGAAGAAGAAAAUAUUAGAAAGUCUUGUGAUCUUCUCGAGGAGUGGUAUAAUACAGCAAAGGCUGAGUUUCCUCCCUUCCAUCAACCCAUCGCGGCCGAGGAAAGUGAUUCAGUGAAUUCCAUCGCUGUACAUACAAAUCUUAUGUACAUUUACUACCACACGUCUUGCAUUGCUCUUUGCAAUCGCAGAGUCUUCACGCAGAUUUCAAGAAUGGGGAGCCCUGACUAUCAUCGUGAUGAUUUCCAAGGCGACAAUAGGAGUAACGAGAUCCGCGGGGAUAUUGAAGACUCUGUUUUGGGUCUGUCUAAAUGCAUAGGCUCACUAACAGGAUCUCACUUGACAAAGUAUCUUCCCAUCACAGUAACGAGCUGCCUUGCAAUUCCUCUUGCGUUGCACCAUGUGAACACAAGCCUAUCCACCGAAUACGAGGUAGUCCCAAGCCCUCUGGGAGGUUGGCCCUCUUUUAGUUUCGACCCCAUACAGAAACACCUACAAGUUGUGACAGAUGCAGCGGACACUUUUUCUGCUCAAUACUAUGGCUCUCAGUGGGUCAAGGAAGUAGCAGAACACGUGGCGAAACUCGCCCAGUCAUUUAACAAGCUUUCAUUGCGGUCAGGUCAAGAAGCGAUGAAAGACUGGGUCGACGUUCUGGUGAGGCAUCCAGAAGUAUAUCUGGGCCUUGUGUGGACUGUGGACAUGUGUGUUAAUCGGAGGAAGCUACCCGAAAGUCUAGAUUUUCCCCUGUGCCUCCGCAAUGAUGUAGAUAGGCUUAACGCAGCCCCUAAGAAAUCAGACCAUGAGAUGUUAGACUCUGAGUCUCUGGAUGGGCAGAAGGACAUUCAGCUUAUGCAGUCACUAGAUUAUCUCUUAGGUAUCCAGGAACCCAUGAUAGAUGUCUUAUAA